UCCUUCGCCCAGUGAACACGUUUCUGCGUUUUAUAGAAUAUUUUACGGUACAAUAAAGUAAAAUGAUUCGAAAUAAGAACAUACUAAGAGGCCCUACCAAUGUGUUUGUGCCAGCAAGGACCAAUUUUGGAGAGAUACUCAUUGAAAAGCUAUGGGAGUUCAGGGAUAAUGUUUGCUUGAUAAAUGGAGCAACAGAUGAAAGAAUCACAUACGGCGAGAUCCUGCAACAGGCGAUGAAUGUAGCUAUCUCCCUCUCGCACAUGGGUGUUAGAAAGGGACAGACAGUCGCUCUGUGCUCUGAAAACAGGGUGGAAUUCCUACCAGCCGCCAUAGGAGCUAUAUUUGCUGGGGCCAUAGUUACUACCGCUAAUGUGGCUUAUACUCCAGGAGAAUUAAAACACGUAUUUGGCAUAUCAAAACCCACAACCAUAUUCUGUUCGCCGUUUUCAUACAAAGCUCAUUCAAAAACUUUAAAAACACUCCCUUAUUUAAAAAAAGUAAUUCUCUUCGGCGAACCAAUUCGUGGAACGAUAGCUUACAACACUCUAGCGAUGCCGAGCAGUAACGCUAAUUCUAACGAGUUAUUUAACGUUAAAACGAACACGUUAUUAAGGAAUGUUCGUUACGAAGAGUUUGAAGUGGUAGAUGUUAAAGGACCAAUGGAUACUCUAUUCAUUCUAUAUUCUUCUGGGACGACGGGUCUGCCUAAAGGAGUGAUGUUGUCACAUCUAAAUAUUUUGACUUGCUGUGCUUUGCCAGCUUCCAGCGACCCAAAGGUGCUAAGUAUGACAGUGAUCCCAUGGUAUCAUGUUUUUGGUCUUUGUGGCUCCUUCACUGGCAUGGUCACCGGUCGAACGGCCGUCUUCCUGCCAAAAUUUGACGUCGAGUUAUUCAUGAAGACUAUUGAGAAAUAUAAGGUUUACGUAAUUACGGUAGUGCCUCCCAUAGUAGUGGCAGUAUGCAAGUCUCCUCUGCAGUAUGAUUUGAGCUCCGUGCGCCUGAUAUUAUGCGGCGCAGCACCUCUUCAUAAGGAUACCAUACAGGACAUAAAGUUCAAGUUUCCGAACGCCAUCGCCAUGCAAGGGUAUGGUAUGACUGAGAUCACUCUUGGAGUCACCAAGGAUACCUACGAGGUCGCUCAUCUGCACCAGAUCGGCAGUGUCGGGCACGUGGUGCCUGGCAGUGUGAUUAAGAUUGCAGACAUAGAAACGGGCAAAGCUCUGGGCCCGAACCAACGCGGCGAGAUCAGAGCUAAGGGCCCUCUGAUAAUGAAGGGUUAUGUGAACAAAGACAGCAGCGAAGAGUUUGACGAAGAAGGAUUCUUCAAAACUGGUGAUGUUGGAUACUAUGAUGACGGUGGCAGCGUCUUUGUCGUGGAUCGGUUGAAAGAACUCAUCAAGUAUAAAGGCUAUCAGGUACCACCAGCGGAAUUGGAAGCAGUUCUACUCCAGCACGAAGGAGUAAAAGAUGUAGGGGUGGUGGGGAAGGACAGCAAGGAGGCCGGAGAGGUUCCUGUAGCCUUCGUGGUGGUGCAACCAGGAGCUACUGUGACUGAGGAGGAUCUAAAGAAGUUUGUCGCUGAACGGCUUUCAAAUCCGAAGCACUUGCGUGGUGGAGUAAGAUUCGUGGAGCAAAUACCGAAGAAUCCCAGUGGGAAGAUCUUGAGGAAAGAAUUGAGAGCUAUCGUCAGACGAGAGAAGAGCAAACUGUGAUAUAUUACUUAAGUUUUAUACCUGUUAAAUUAUACCAGUAAUUUUUAUUACAAGUAAGUCAAAUGUUA